CAUGUUUUUAAUCAUGUGAUACACAAAAGCCUCGUUUCAAAGUUGCCUAGGAGCGGAAAAUUCAAAAUGGUGGCAUAUUCACAGAUAAAAUGAUAGUAAGUUAUAUCAUUCAAUAUUUUACAAUAAUGAUUUUGCGUUUAUUUCGUUAAAAAACAAACGUCGUUUUCGAUGCACCCUUCAAAGCGGCAAAAGAUUGAGGGAGAGGAAGAUUCGUCUUCCUGGGAAUUAGAACUAAGAAGCGACCUGGAAAAUAUGAAAGCGGAGGUCGAGCCCUUCGAAGUUAAGAAAUCUUCUACAAGUAAAAUAGAGACUGUUGUGUACCGCCCCACGUACCGCGCGGUACUGGCAAAGAAAGGGCUGUUGGUGAAACAGACAUUGGGCAGUGGAAGUUACUCGAAAGUCAAAUUUGCCCAUUGUCUAGACCACUAUGACGUUCCACUGCAUGCGGUGAAAAUAGUCGACAGAAACAAGGCCCCGAGAGACUUUCAAUCUCGGUUCUUACCUCGCGAGCUUUCAAUAUGGCCGAGAAUGAAGCAUCCGAACAUUGCUAGAAUGAUCGACGUGUUUGAAGACAUUUCAAGAGUAUAUAUGAUACUGGAAUAUGCCGAAAAUGGUGACGUCCUUCGUUACAUCCAGAAAUCGGGUGCCAUCAAAGACCACCUCGCUAGAAUCUGGAUUCGUCAGGUCGGUGAUGCGGUCCGUUACCUUCACGAUCAAGAUAUUACACACAGGGACCUAAAGCUGGAAAAUCUCCUGCUCGACAGUUGCUACAAUAUUAAAAUAUGUGAUUUCGGUUUUGUGAAAAGUCACUCGAUGAAAGAACUCAGCAAAACGUAUUGUGGAUCAAAGUCGUAUGCAUCACCGGAAAUACUUAGAGGAGAGCCGUAUGACCCCAAGAAGGCGGACAUGUGGGCGAUGGGAGUAAUCUUGUACAUAUUUAUCACGGGGAAGAUGCCUUACGAUGAAAGUAAAGGAAACUCUGGAGUUCUCGAAGAGCAGCGGAAGCUCAGUUUCCCCUGGCACAAGUUCAAGUACGUCACACCGGAUGUGAAGUCCGUAAUUCUCAGCCUAUUCAGGGCCAGCUACACGGAGCGUCCCGGGAUCCACGAGGUGAUGAGUCUCGAGUGGAUGCGCAAAGGUCUCGAGCCGCCGGCCGCCGCGGAACCGGAAGGAGCGCCUGGUGGGAAGCAAUCUCCGGUAUCCAUUCAGAAUGAUAGUAAAUUAGACAUACAGAGGGAAUUUGCGACGGCUCUCCAUCGAUCAAGAGGAAAGUGAUGCUGGGCAUGACUUGAUUAAUUAAAUUAUUAACAAUUUAAGUUAAUACGAACAUGUUUUGUGAGCAAUCAUGGUAGCAUUGUAAUUGCAUAUAUAAGUGUAUUGUUAUUGUGUUUUGUAAUAUCAGUUAUACUUUCAGUAUAUUAAAUUUAAAUUUAAAAGUA